ACGAGCGCACAGAUGUGCAGCAGCAGCAGCAGCACGGCGCGAGCAGUUGGCGGUUACUUCCUGGUUCCGAGCAACAGAUGAAGCAGCAGCUCCGGUUCUAACUCCAGCUCUGCCGCGAUGGUCGAGACUCCGGCUGGCUGUGUGUUCGAAGACAUCCAGCAUGAAGACAUCCAAGUUGAAGCGGCGGUGGGACGAGGGACGUUCGGAGUGGUCUUCAAAGCGGUGUGGAAGGGCAAAGACGUGGCCAUCAAGACCAUCGAGAGCGACAAUGAAAGGAACGCGUUCCUCGUUGAGCUACGCCAGCUCUCCAGGGUGAACCAUCCCAACAUCGUCAAGCUGUAUGGCUCCUGUGACAAACCAGUCUGUCUGGUCAUGGAGUAUGCAGAAUGUGGCUCUUUAUACAAUCUCCUGCACAGUGCAGAUCCACAGCCCCACUACACAGCAUCUCAUGCAAUGAGCUGGUGUCUGCAGUGUGCCAAGGGAGUUGCCUAUCUUCAUGCAAUGAAGCCAAAGGCCUUAAUUCACAGGGACCUCAAACCUCCAAAUCUGCUCCUUGUGGCUCAUGGUACUGUGCUGAAGAUAUGCGACUUUGGAACAGCUUGUGAUAUUCAGACCUACAUGACCAACAACAAAGGCAGUGCAGCCUGGAUGGCACCAGAGGUAUUUGAAGGCAGCAACUACAGUGAAAAAUGUGAUGUCUUCAGUUGGGGCAUUAUCCUGUGGGAGGUCAUCACACGCAAGAAACCCUUUGACGAGAUUGGUGGCUCUGCAUUCUGCAUAAUGUGGGCUGUUCACAGAGGUACACGACCUCCUCUGAUCAGAGAUCUGCCAGAGCCCAUCGAGACUCUGAUGACCCGCUGCUGGGACAAAGAACCCAGCCAGAGGCCAUCUAUGAAUGAGGUCAAAAACACCAUGAGCCACCUCAUGAAGUACUUCCCAGGCUCUGAUGAACCACUCAGCCUCCCUCACCAGUCUUCACCCAGCAAAAGUGGCUCAUCAUCAGCCACAAGCACAGGCUCGUAUGCUGACGGCACCAUGAACAGUAACAGGAGUGAUGACAACACAGAACGCAGAAACUCAGUUGGCAGAGACGAAACCCUUAAAAGCUUUGAGUCAAAAUUCCCACUUCAGAUAAAAACCUCAAAGACUGCUGGACUCCGUACUGGUCUCUCCAAGGUGUCCAGUGUAGACAAUCAGCCAGGGCGCGCCCAAAGCCCAUCCUACUCCACCAGUCCUGUAAGAAUGACUAUGAGUCCAACAGCUACCAAUGGAUUCGACAGCUACAUUCCCAUGGAUUGCCUAAAACUGGAUCACCAGCUACAGCCUCUGGCUCCAUGUCCAAACUCCAAGGAGUCUAUGGCUGUGUUUGAGCAGCACAUCAGGGUGGCUCAGGAGUACCUUAAAGUCCAGUCAGAGAUCGCUCACCUUGUUCAGACAAAACAGGAGCUAAUGUCUGAGCUGGAGCAGGACCAGAGGGAGCAGCUGACUUCAUCUCGACUCAUCGAGGAACAUAGCAAGCUGCUGGAGGAAAACAGCAACUUGUCAGCCCACUGCCAGGGCCUGAAGAGCAAACUGAGCCUGAUCAAGAGUCAGAACCAGCACCACAGCUAGGACAGAUGGAUGGGCUGAAGCAGACAAGCCACUUCUCUGCUUUUGUCUUUUCCAUAGUAUUUUCAGCACUGCCUUUUUCUGUGAGGGAUCAGAAGAAUCAUUUUAUUGACUGACCAUAUAUUAGUGAGAAGAAAAUAAGACUCGCUGCAUAACAGGUAUUAAGAUAACAUUAGAAUUCUAUUGUUAGUUGAGUUUAUAGCCUUUAAAGUGUAUUCUAAUGUUUUGUAAUAAAUUAUAAACUAAUGGUGAGAUAUGACACACUUUGAAGGUGCUGUCUAUAACAUUGACAACCACUGGAUGUCACUGGAGCACCAGCAUCUCAGCCUACAACAAAGGGGUGCAUCAGCCCCACCGCCUCUCCUUCCUUCAUAUUUCAUUCACAGCUAGAAAAGUUGUGAGCACAAGAGCCAACAAAAAAAUCCAAAACAAUUAGUCCACACUAGCAUUAUAAAAUGUAUGGAACAGCCGUGAUGAGUUAUUUACUGUCAAAAAGAAACACACAAAGUACAAAGAGCAGAAAAAUUCAGUUGUAGGAACUCUCACGCGGAGCUAGAAUGAACUGACUGUAUAUAUAUAUGUAUAUAUAUAUUUGAUAAAUAAAAUACUUUUGUGGCAUCAGCUGAUUGCACUUUUCAGCGUGGUGUGGGAGGUCACGCAGUCUUUUGAGAAACGUGGGGAGGGAUUGACAUGCAUGUGCAACUGGAUACAGAGCACAGACUGCAACAUGCAGAGAGGGAGCAGGACUUCAGUCUCCACUAAAGACGCCAUUACCCCAUUUUGUCUUGAUGUGGCAGAUAGCUGUUUGCUGCUAUAUUAAUGUUCAAAAUCUCACGGAAAACAUUUCAGCCGCUGAUUAGUGUUAGUCUGUAUUUUGUGGAUUAAAUUGACCCAUAAGGGACCUACACGUU